AGUUCAAUAAUAAUAACAAGAGAAAAUGAAUUCCAAAGCAGUUGUUUUGAUAGGCCUUUUGGCUAUCUUCCUCCUAGCCUUUGUUUCUCAUGCAGCUACCAAAGAUUUGGCUGAAAGAAAUAAUAAUGGCGGCAGUUGGGGAGGAGGAAGAGGAAAUAAUAAUGGCGGCGGUUGGAGAGGAGGAGGAAAUAAUAAUGGCGGCGGUCGCGGUGGAGGAUGUCGGUACGGGUGUUGCAACAGAGAUUUACGUAGUUGUAACAGGUGUUGCUCUUACCUAGGAGAGGCGGUACAAGCUGAUGUUGGUGGAGCCCAGCCUUGAAGGUUGAGCCGAGUGGUGAGCUAGCUGCUAGCAAAAUCCAUGUAGUAAUAAUUAAGAAAGAAUAAGAAAAGGCAUCGAUGGUUGUGUGUAUGAGUGAAAUUUCAUGCUUUUAUAUCUAUAUAAUAAUAUGAUGUUACUGUCACCACUGUUUUUUUAUUAUGGAGUUCUAAAUUAAUAAAGAUCUUUUAGAAUUUUAUGGCUUACUUUGAUUCUAAAAUUAUAUAGGGAUAAUAGUAUUGAAAAAC